CAUCCAUAAAAACAAGAAACUAUUAUAGCCACCCUUUCUUUGAUUUUGAAGAAAGGAGACUUGCAGAAUUGAAGGCUUGAGGAAAGCAACAAAAAAUAAAAAGAAAAAAAAAAAAGCAGAAAAGAGAAGAAGGCCGGAUUUUCUCAAUCCCUUUCUUCCCUUGAAUCCUUCAUCCUCCUUAUUAUAAUUCAUGGGAAGAAUUUUUCCUCCGGAUUAUUAUCACCACCACCACCAUUACACCGCCUUUCCUCUCUUGUCGUUGUCGCUAUUUGUUUUGUCCAUUGCCACCACCUUGUCCAUCGUCACGGCGCUAUGCGGUUUCAUGAGUAGCAAGGAAGAAGACGUCCAAGAGGGAGUGGAGAAAGAUGGCGAUAAAAAUAAUGGUGACAAGAAUGACGGUGGAGAUACCCUAACGUCUCCCCCUUCUAACAACAGCGAAGACGAGGAGGCGGCGGAAGACGAGGAGACGAGCCCGCCGCUGCCGCCGCCACCGGCGAUGCGGUCGGCGUCGUACCAUCACCGGUCGAGCUCACAGGUGUCGCUGAUGGGGCCGCCGGCAAAAAAGAAGCUGGCGUCGAGCAUGAGCAUGAAGGUGGCGGGGCUGGGGUCGAGCCAAGCGCCGAAGAAGGACGACAUAUUCGCCGGCGCCGGCGAGAAGAAGCGCGACAAGAAGCUAAAACACGAGGAUUCCAUAUGGACGAAGACGAUCAUUUUAGGAGAGAAAAAUAAAGUCCGCAACGACAGUCAAGAGGAGAUUGUUUACGACGAGGACGGGAAUCGGAUAACGCCGUACCACCCCAAAACGUCCACCGCUCCGCCGCCGAUGUCACGGCAGAGCUCCGCCGUUGACGAAGGCGCCAUACCAAGAUGAUCACAAAGUACGUAUACGUACCAAAAAUGGAUGAAGGAAAUAAGGGAAUAUAAUAUAGGUGUAUAUAUUAUAUUAGGAAGGGAAUUAUAUUUUUUCCAAGAAAAUUCUCCCAUAAACCCCCCCCCCCCCCCCCCCCCCCCCAAAAAGAGAUUCUGUUAAAUUCUUCAUGUUUUUGUGUAAAAUGGAGUUGAGGGAUGCUAAUUCUUUAAUGUUCUAUGCUGUACAUUAGAAUUGAUCGAAUGAAUCUUUUCAUUUAAUUAGUAAGAUGUAUUUUACACUUUGUUUUCAGAUGUGUAAUAGAU